AUGAAACAGAUGUUGUCCCACAUCAUCGUCGCAUCGGCCACUCAACGCGCUGGAGCAGAGAUGAAUUAUUCCACCACGUGA